CAUACCAUACCAUACCAUACCACCCACCCCUUCGACCUCCCCCCCCUCCAACACAACACGAGAAACAACAAACAACCUUCUUAAAAAUAAAAAUAAAAUAAAGCCAAGCCAAGCCCAAUAACAAGAUUGAUUUCCAAAUAUUCAAUCUUGUCGCUUUCUUUAUCUUGCCACCUAUCGAGGGUUUCUAUAGCUUGAUUUAUCUCGUACCUUGGGUAGUCUUACCGCACACACCGUCGAUAAUACUUGAUUACAACCUUUUUACAACUCCACCACCAUCACCUACCCUAGCACGUACAGGAUACCGCAGCUUUCCUUGCAUCACAGAUCGGCCGUAAAGUCAAACUUACACAUUUUGACGCGAUCGAGUUAUCCUUUCAACAUCGACUGCCUUGUCCGAAUAGCCUGCAUUAGGAAGAGGAUAUAAUCUCCUCCGCACAGCUCGUAAAAGAUGGUAGAAGGGGAACCGAACUCUCCAACUUGGAAGUUCACUCAAUGCUUUGGUGAUAAAGGCGAUGUCGAAGAUAUAACAGAAGCGGAUAUCAUAUCGACAGUCGAAUUCGAUCACACCGGAAAUUAUCUUGCUACAGGAGACAAAGGAGGACGAGUUGUUCUUUUUGAAAGAAAUGAGACGAAAAAAACAUGCGAGUACAAAUUCCACACAGAGUUUCAAUCUCACGAGCCCGAGUUCGAUUACCUCAAGUCAUUAGAGAUAGAAGAGAAGAUCAACAAGAUCAAAUGGUGCAAACGACAAAACGCCUCUCAUUACCUGCUCUCAACGAACGAUAAGACUAUAAAGUUAUGGAAAGUGUUUGAGAAGUCACUGAAAGUGGUUGCAGAGAACAACCUUUCCCAUGAUUUGACUCCUGGAAAUCCCGCAGGAGGUGGUGGAGGUGUUCGACCCAUAUCAAACGUUCACUUCAACAGUGCUCACGACCUGAAGUUACCCCGCCUUACUCAUCACGACACUGUUGUUGCCGCCGUACCACGUCGAACAUAUGCAAAUGCACAUGCAUAUCAUAUCAACAGCAUUUCAGUGAACAGUGACGGGGAAACAUUCAUUAGCAGUGAUGAUUUGCGAAUAAACUUAUGGAACUUGAAUAUUCAAGACCAAAGCUUCAAUAUCGUAGAUAUCAAGCCCGCCAACAUGGAGGAGCUUACUGAAGUCAUCACGGCUGCGGAGUUCCACCCCCAAAGUUGUAACUGGUUCAUGUAUGCAAGUUCAAAAGGAACAAUCAAGCUUGCAGAUAUGAGAGAGAGCGCUCUCUGCGACCAACACGCAAAGCAAUUUGAACAGGAGGAAGAUCCAUCUGCUCGAUCGUUUUUCUCGGAGAUCAUAUCAUCCAUUUCUGACGUCCGAUUCUCUCAUGAUGGUCGAUACAUCCUUUCACGUGAUUAUCUCACAGUCAAAAUCUGGGAUGUUAACAUGGAGAGACAACCUGUCAAGACUAUUCCAAUCCACGAGCAUCUUCGACCACGUCUUUGCGAUACUUACGAAAAUGAUAGUAUCUUUGACAAGUUUGAGGUCGUAUUCUCUGGUGAUGCCAAGAAUGUCAUGACAGGUAGUUAUAACAAUAACUUUAUGAUUUACCCAUCAGAUCCCGAUAAGGAAGUGGAGGUGGUUCUCCAAGCCGAUAAAUCGGCUUUUAAGGCUAAGAAGGUCGGUGUUCCCACACCAAUCAACCCAUCUGGUAGCCCAACCGCCGCAAACGGUAAAAAGGGCAACUCGAGGGCAGGUAGUCCAGCUGCUGGUGUUGGUGGUCAAGGGGGAAGGAUGAAGAAAGAAACAGACGCAGACCAAAUCGAUUUCAACAAAAAGAUAUUACAUAUGAGUUGGCAUCCUUUCGAAGACAGCAUUGCCAUUGCUGCAACGAACAAUCUUUUCGUUUUCUCCGCAUUGUAGAGAUUGGCAACACGCGGAAGCUGUCUUCAGGUCAUAUUCCAUUUGCGUUUUAAGUGUGUACUGGCUACAGCAACCAGCCCAGCGUUGUCCUUGAGACCUAUUCAUAUUCGUGGCAUAGUUAAUUUUACGUCACGAAAAAAGUAUUAUCAUUGAGUAGCGAGACUGCUACACUUCAUGAGUGUUGCAAUAGAGGGUGACGCAGAAAUAAGCGAGGGCUGGUGAGUUAUCUAUUGGAGACUGUUUCUUUCUCCAAUUACCUGAAGCUCCUACAAUAGUUUUCAGGUUAAGUUGUUCAAGGCAAUGGUGUGAGAUGUGCCUAGAAGCAACUUUUUGAUGAUCGAAGUAGCCUAGUGUAGCCUAGUCUAAAUCACAAAUGAAUAAUGCAUGAAGUUCUGAAU